CAGACAUUAGCAGAAGAAGCAGCCGCAGCAGUGUAGACAGGAAGAGCGUUUAGUUGCUGUAUGCCGACAUGAGUGUCCCAGACUACAUGCAGUGUGCUGAGGACCAUCAGACGGUCCUGGUGGUGGUCCAGCCCAUGGGCAUCGUCCCAGAGGACCAGUUCUUCCGCAUCUACAAACGCAUCGCCAGCGUGAGCCAGGUCAGCAUACGGGACUCCCAGCGUGUCCUGUUUAUCCGAUACCGCCACCAUUACCCCCCUGAAAACAACGAGUGGGGCGACUUUCAGACCCACCGCAAAGUUGUGGGUCUCAUCUCGGUGACCAGCUGUACCACGGCUAAAGAGUGGCCGCAGACGUCAGACCGAUUCCACGGGCAGAAGGAGGUGUUCGGCUCCACGCUGUAUGACUCAAGGCUUCUGGUGUUUGGGCUGCAAGGGGAGGUGGCAGAACAGCAGCGGACAGAUGUGGCGUUCUACCCAAGCUACGACGACUGUCCUGAUGUGGAGAAGAGGGUGGAGGAUUUCGUUGAGUCUAUAUUUAUCGUCCUAGAGUCGAAACGGCUGGACAGAGCAACUGAUAAAUCCGGCGAUAAGAUACAAUUGCUGUGUGUGCCAUUCGAGAAGAAGGACUUUGUGGGGUUGGACACAGACAGCAGGCACUACAAGAAACGCUGUCAGGGCCGCAUGAGGAAGCAUGUCGGGGAUCUGUGUCUGCAGGCUGGCAUGCUGCAGGAUGCCCUCGUACAUUAUCACAUGGCUGUAGAGCUGCUGCGGUCUGUCAAUGACUUCCUGUGGCUGGGAGCUGCUUUAGAGGGCCUGUGUUCUGCGUCUGUCAUCUUCCAUUACCCAGGAGGCACUGCGGGGAAGAGUGGAGCCCGCAAACCUAGCGUCUCCUCUGCUGCCGAUGCUGGAAAGAGACACAGACCUGGCGCUCAGGAAGUUCUCAUUGAUCCAGGUGCUCUGACGACCAAUGGCAUCAGUGCCGACACAAGCACUGAGAUUGGCCGAGCCAAGAACUGUCUGAGUCAAGAGGACAUCAUCGAGAAAUACAAGGAGGCCAUCUCUUACUAUGGCAAGUAUAAGAGCGCAGGAGUGAUUGAGCUGGAGGCCUGCAUUAAGGCUGUCAGAGUGUUGGCUAUUCAGAAACGAGCCAUGGAGGCAUCAGAGUUCCUGCAGAAUGCUGUUUACAUCAAUCUAGGCCAGCUGUCAGAAGAGGAGAAGAUACAGCGUUACAGUGUGCUCUCAGAACUGUACGAGCUCAUCGGCUUCCACCGGAAAUCAGCGUUCUUCAAACGUGUCGCAGCCAUGCAGUGCGUGGCGCCCACCAUCCCUGAGCCGGGCUGGAAGGCCUGUUACAAACUCCUGCUGGAGACCCUGCCGGGAUACAGCCUCUCUCUAGACCCCAAAGACUUCAGCAAAGGGACUCAUCGUGGGUGGGCGGCAGUACAGUUACGGUUGCUUCAUGAGCUGGUUUAUGCAUCUCGCCGUAUGGGGAACCCAGGAUUGUCUGUCAGACAUCUCUCUUUUCUGCUACAGACCAUGCUGGAUUUCCUCUCUGAUCAGGAGAAAAAAGAAGUGACCCAGAGUUUGGAAAACUACACGUCAAAGUGUCCAGGUGGAAUGGAGGUGAUCAACCUUCCUGACGGACUCAAACUUCCUCCUGUUCCCUUCACCAAACUUCCCAUCGUCAGAUCCGUGUCUCUGUUGAACCUGCCAGUGAGUCUGCGUCCCCAUAAGGUGAAAGGCCUUCUGGGACAGGGCAUGUCCAGCGCCAGUCCAUUCAUCUACUCUCCAAUCACGAUGCACAGCCGAGGAGACGAGCGCUCGAAGAAGAUCGAUUUCCAGUGGGUGCAAGGCGACGUGUGCGAGGUGCAGUUGAUGGUUUAUAACCCGAUGCCAUUUGAGCUGCGGGUUGAGAACAUGGGUCUGUUGACAUCAGGUGUAGAUUUUGAGUCUCUUCCUGCCGCUUUGUCUUUGCCAGCGGAGUCUGGCCUCUAUCCGGUUACUCUAGUUGGAGUUCCUCGGACCGCAGGCAACAUCACAAUCAAUGGAUAUCACACGUCUGUGUUCGGCGUGAGCAGCGACUGUCUUCUGGAGGGUCUGGUGGGGGUGAAGAGCAGCGGUUGUAUGGUGGAGGUGGUGCCGUCGCUCCCACGGCUGCAGCUCUGCACAUCCUUACCGAGGUCAGCUCAUCUGUCCAGUGAAGACCUGUCCACCAGCGUGUCCCUGCAGUUGUUUAAUGGAGAGACGCAGCAGCUGACCAUCACCCUGGAGAAUAUCGGCACAGAGACGCUGAACACACUGGAGCUGACAUCCAAAACCCUCAGCACUAAAGAGAAGCUGUUUGGUGAAUUCUUGUCCUGGGAUCUGCAGGACGCUCUGUCGCACCUGCCACUGAAAUCCGGUCAAUCCGUCUCCAUCCCUGUCAACAUAAGUGCCAAACUGGACUUCUCCGGUCAGGAGAACCUGUUACACGACCUGAACGACGAUGGUAUCAGUGUAACAGGUCUGCCCGUCUCCAGCCCGCUACGGCAGGUCCUAAAGCCACGUGCCGAAAAUAAACCAGUCGGUACUGACGCCAGCAAGAACGAAUUCAAUCACGUCAAGACGCUGGAGGCUGUGUUGACCUUUAAAUACAGCGGAGGAGCCGGUCAGGUGGAGGGCUACUACCGCGAGCUCAGUCUGGGGGUCAGAGUGGAUGUUGAACCGUCAGUUUUCUUCACACGAGUCAGCACUUUACCUGCCACCAGUACUCGUCAAUGUCAUCUACUGCUGGAUGUGUUCAACUCGACCGAACAUGAGCUCACGUUGUCUGCCAAGAACAACCAGGACCUGGUGCUGCACGCCAGCGAGUGUCAGAGGAUGGCCAUUCAGGUGGAUAAGUUUGAUUUUGACAGCAUGCCCGUGAUGGACCAUGAUGCACUGCGACUGGCUACAGUUCGGCAGCAGGAAGAGAAGAGACAGCAGGUCCAGGGAGGACUCAUCAACAGCACACUGGACAUCCACUGGACCAUCUCGUCCCUUCAGCGUCACGGUGAGGCCAGUGUGGAGGGCGUCCUCAACCAGCUCAUACUAGAACAUCUGCAGCUGGCUCCUCUACAGUGGGAUGUUGUGGUUAACGGAAAGCCUUGUGACUGUGACGUGAUCGCUGACUGCAGGGUCGGAGACGCUGUGCCGCUAGAGGUGAAACUGACUAACCGCAGCAAAAGUGCAGUCGGACCGUUCUCUCUGACCGUCGUCCCCUUCCAAGACUAUCAGAACGGAGUCCAAAACUACGACCUGCAGGAUGCCGUCACUUUCAUCGGCUCCAACACUUUCUACAUCAACACGGUGAACCCUACAGAGAACUCAGUGUGUGUGGGAGCCCUGCUCUUCUUAUACACCGGUGAUUUCUAUCUGAACAUCAAGUUCCAAGAUGACAGCACGGCCCGCGACUUGCCGCCCGCCUGGUUCUGUCUGCCCAGCGUCCACAUCAAAGCCCAGGAGCCCAUCGAAGCGGCCGCCUGAGCCUCUGAACUCUGACCUUUGACCAGACCGACUCAAUAGGCUUUUGUGAGGGACCUGGGAGAGAAAUCUGCUGUUAUUUAGACGACUACUGAGCUGAUCUGGAUAUUUAUUGAGUCAAGAGCGAGUGCAGUUCUAGUAUAUGGAGCUUUUAGAAUUUGAAGAUUCAAUUUAUGCCGAAUUCUCCACUUUAACAUCCGUUCUGAACCCAUGAUUCUUCUCUUUAGAGACAGACAAAAGGAUGAAGAACAUUUUUCAGGUAACCACUAAGUGAAAUCAUCUAAGGAGGUCUUACAAUUUAGUUCUGAAUCGUUCUUUUUAAGUGAUCGUGACUGUGGAGAAAUGUAAAAUGUGCUUGACUGCACAACCACUUCAUGCUUUCAAUGCAUAAAACUGAUGAACAUGUUUCCAGCUCAUAUUUCAUCCCAAAAAACCACACAGGAAAUAUAUAUAUAUAUAUAUAUAUAUAUAUAUAUAUAUAUAUAUAUUAGUGCUGUCAAAUAAAAGUCUAUGUUUACAUAAAAUGUGUGUGUACUGUAUUUAUUUAUUAUGUAUAUAUAAAUACACACACAUGCAUGUAUGUAAUUAUGUGUAAAAAUAUAUAUGUAAAAUUAUGUAAAUGUAUACAUAUAUUUAUAUUUACAUAUAAUUUAUAUUAUAUGUACAUAUAAAUAUUUUCUUAAAUAUAUACAUGCAUCUGUGUGUAUUUAUAUAUACAUAAUAAAUAUACACAGUACACACAUAUUUUAUGUAAAGUCAAACUUUUACUUUUGCAUGUGAUUAACAUGCAGUUGACAGCCUUAAUAUAUAUAUAUCUAUAUCUAUAUCUAUAUAUAUAUAGCAUUAUGAAAUUAUUUUAAUGACAAUUAAGAACUUUUUCCUCUCAUUACUGUGAUGUAUUUGGACUUUUUUUUAUAAUUAUUUAGUUUUUGUAAUUCUCAUAAUUGUAAAUGGCGAUUCUCAAAAUUAUAUUGCUGCAAAAUAUUUUAUUUUGCAAUAAUAUAUACAACAAUAAUUUGAUUAUCACAUUUAAAAAAAAAAAAAAUAUAUAUUGUAAUAAAUUAUAAAACAGCCUUAAUUAACAAAUAUACACUGUAAAAAACAAUUUGUGGAGUCAACUUAAAAAACUUUGUUACCUGGCUGCCUUUAAAAUUAAAAGUUCAGUCAACUCAAAAAGUUUGGUCAACUUGAAAUGUUAAGUUGUACUAAGUAUAUGUGAGUUGAUUCAACUUAAAAUUUUAAGGCAGCUGGGUAACAAGCCCAGCUUUUAAGUUUACCAAACCACAUUUUUAGUUUAGUCAACUCAAAUAUCCAAGUUGUGACUUAGUACAACUUAACAUUUCAAGUUGACUAAACUUAUUUGAAUUGACUGAACUUAAUUUUAAGGCAGCAGGGGAACAAAUUAUUUUAAGUUGACUCAACAAGUUGUGUAUUUUUUUUUGGUUUUGUUUUUUACAGUGUAAUCAUCAUGGAUUUAAUUUUAAUUUUAUUGGAUUUUGCAUUGUAGUAAUGAGAGUUGUAGGGGACAUGUUCUUAAUUGUUAUAAAACAUAAAAUAAAACAUAAUUUACCAUUUCCUUCUUUUGAUUUCGGGCUGGGAUAUAUCCUGGAUAUGUUCUUGGCAGGUUUAGAAGUGCAUGUAAAUAUGGGUUACACUUGUCACAAUAUUUUCAUGUAGGAAUGUAGCUUUUAGCACAUUUGGGUCAGUUUUUCUGGGGUUGAUGCAUAAAUGGUUUUGUGACGGCAUGUGGGAACCACGACUUUGAUUCACGUUUAUAUAUUUAUGAAACUGGUUUAGUCUGUUUAAAGUGUUUGCUUAUGAAUCUGAUGUCAGCUGAUUAUCUUAAUGUCUCUAUGAAUCUGAGCGAAAGAUUGGAAUGUUGACUUGACUUUGCAGUUCUAAAAAUUUAAUAAAAUAUUGAUUAAAUGUUAAUUAAAAACUCAAUAUACAAUUAAAAUAAUAAUAUAGUGGUUUGAAGAGUUUUUCAGGACCUAA